AUGGCGGGCAACGCUGCCUGCUGGCGCGGCGGCUUCUCCUUCACGACCUGUUGCGCUGCCGGUGGCAACCCGGAGUGCUUUGAUUCCAUCUACACCUAUGAGGUGUGCUGCUUGGAUACCAAGAAUGUGAAUGCACUGCCACAAGAUUGCCGCACCAACGAGGAUGUCGCCUCCUCGCCGCGGAAAGCCCAAUGCCGUGGGACCUUUGGAGUCACAAAGGAUGACUGGGACCACUUCUUCCUGGCGCAUCAGUUGUCGCAGGCCCUGGGGACGUCCUACAAGGGUUGGCCCGACUUGAUGGCUCUUUGGCAAAAGGUGAAUGUGAGCUCAGCUUCCUUGGAGGCAGCCGAAGAAGACUGUGCCUUUGGCGUCGUCGCGCUCCUCCUGCAGUCCCUGCCCAGCAUUGAAAAGCUGCAUGGCUCUCUAACUGCAUUGAGAGGGUAUCGCCUGGCCUAUCGGAUCUUGGGAGGGGCGGCAGGUUCCGAAGAUUGCCGCUGGAACGACAUGGUGAAUCAUGCGCUGUUUGGGCACCUGGACCUGCUGAUGGGCACAGAGCAACGCUUCCACUUCUGUCCUGAAGGGGCCCCCAAGAUCUACGUCUACGACAAGGAGAUGAAGACCGACUCCUUCCUUUCCUGCGCCCGCACGGGCUUUUGGGCCUCAGAGGUGUACUUGGAUCGCUUCUUCCGACAGAGCAAAUGCCGAACCCAUGACCCCGAAAAAGCAGAGCUCUUCUUCGUGCCAGCCUAUUUGACCUGUUGGGAGUUGCAGUUCAGCAACCCCUUGGCACGGCAGCAGCGCCUCCGUGACGCCGCGGCCGCGGCGGCGGGGCUGCCGUUUCUGCGUCGUCGCGAGGGCUUGGAUCACGUGAUGCUCUUUGGAGCCAGCGCCUGGCAGCUGCCAGGGUGGCGCGAGCUCUUCGGCCGCUCGGUGCUGCUGGCCGUGGAGUCGGAGCCCAUUGAGUCGGACGGCAUCCCGGAGCAUGAGACCCACUGCUGGCAUUGCAAGGAUUGUUUUCAACCCUGGAAAGAUUUGGUGGUUCCGCCCCUCACACCCUUACCAGCGGAACGUAGCCUUUUGGCCAAAUCCAAGCCGAUGCUGGAGCGGAAGUUUCUGAUGGCUUGGCAUGGGCAGCAUGCCGAGUCGACAAACCCACAAGUGCGUCGAGCCUACGUGAUCACCAACGAAACGGUGCGGACCUCGUUGAUCCAAGAGCUCAGCCAUUUGUCGGAUGUGUCACUGGGCUCACCGGUCUCGGACUACGCGGGGAUCAUGGGCAAUGCCAAGUUCUGCUUGUGCCCCAAAGGAGCCUCGUCCUAUACGUCGCGGGUGUUCGAAGCGCUCUUCGCUGGGUGUGUCCCAGUGAUCCUGUCGGAUCAUGUCCGCCUGCCCUUUGAUGGCUUGGUGAAUUGGACGGACUUCAGUAUAGCCUGGCCCAUGGAAUAUGCAGACCUGAGUCUCUACAACUACUUAAAGGGCCUUUGGGACUUUGAGCGCCCGAAGGUCUUGGCCAUGCAGGCGAAGGCGCAAGAGCUGCGCUGCUGGUUCGACUACUUCGCGUUGGAACAGGACCCCAAAGAUUGCUCGCCCUACCUGGCAGUGCUGCUGGCUCUUCGUGCCAAGGUGGCGCACUUGCCACGUCCACGAAGAGUACCGGUACUGCGAAACAAAGAAGAGCACCGUUGCGUUUGCGCCUGGUGGAGCUGGGUUUUCGAGGUGAAGAUCGACAAGGGAUCUCCAAACAGAUUGAAAUGA